CCCCCCCCCUUUCAGAGGAGACCUUUUCUUAUUCAAAGCAGGAUCACAAUGGGCUUCACAUUGAGUCUUGCCACAUCCCAAUCUAACUAGCAGCCAUUCAUCAGUCAGCUUGGCCUAUCAAUGACAUGUAUCCCAUCAGGGCUCCUAUAAAAUGAUGUUUUUUCCCAUGAAACAUCCGCAAACAUUGUGACUCGUCUGGCUCUGCCCUGCUGGAUUUACUGUGCCCAUUUUUUCCUCCUUGUUCCAUUCACUACAACACUGCUGAGAUUAAGGGGGGGUGUCCCAUCCUAAGGAUUGUGCUGUCCUAUACUGCAUAUGGGAAGAGCAUGCAUUGUGGCUUACUGGAACAGCCUGACAUGGAUUCUACAGAAAGUUGGAUUGAGCGGUGCCUAAGUGAAAGCGAAAACAAACGGUACUCCAGCCACACGUCCCUCGGAAACAUUUCUAAUGAUGAAACAGAUGAAGAAAAGGAAAACCGAGCAUCGAAGCCUCAUUCUACUCCGGCAACUUUGCAAUGGCUUGAGGAAAACUAUGAGAUUGCAGAAGGAGUCUGUAUUCCAAGAAGCGCCCUCUAUAUGCAUUACCUGGAUUUCUGCGAGAAGAAUGAUACGCAGCCAGUGAACGCCGCCAGCUUUGGGAAGAUAAUUAGACAGCAGUUCCCACAGUUAACUACAAGAAGACUUGGUACAAGAGGCCAAUCAAAGUACCAUUAUUAUGGGAUAGCGGUGAAGGAGAGCUCACAAUAUUACGAUGUAAUGUAUUCAAAGAAAGGAGCAGCUUGGGUCAACGAAACAGGGAAAAAAGAAGUCACCAAGCAGACAGUAGCAUAUUCACCCCGGUCCAAGCUCGGGACUUUACUGCCAGAGUUUCCAAAUGUCAAAGAUCUAAAUCUGCCAAGCAGCCUUCCAGAAGAAAAGAUUUCUACCUUUAUUAUGAUGUAUCGAACCCAUUGUCAGAGGAUAUUGGACACUGUCAUCCGAGCCAACUUUGACGAGGUUCAGAGUUUCCUACUGCACUUUUGGCAAGGAAUGCCACCGCACAUGCUUCCCGUGUUGGGCUCAUCCACUGUGGUAAAUAUUGUCGGGGUGUGUGACUCAAUCCUCUACAAAGCAAUCUCAGGAGUCUUAAUGCCAACUGUGUUGCAAGCUCUGCCUGACAGCUUGACCCAAGUAAUAAGGAAAUUUGCAAAACAACUGGACGAAUGGCUCAAAGUCGCUCUUCAUGAUCUUCCAGAAAACUUGCGGAACAUCAAAUUCGAGCUAUCAAAAAGGUUUUCACAAAUACUGAGAAGGCAAACGUCACUGAACCAUCUCUGUCAGGCAUCCAGAACCGUAAUACACAGUGCCGAUAUUACGUUUCAGAUGCUGGAGGACUGGAGAAACGUUGACCUAAACAGCAUUACCAAGCAAAGUCUCUAUACAAUAGAAGACUCUAGAGAGGAACACAGAAAACUUAUCAUCCAAUUAUAUCUGGAGUUUGACCACUUGCUGGAAGAGCAAUCUCCAAUUGAAUCUUACAUUGACUGGCUGGAUUCCAUGGUAGACCGCUGCGUGGUAAACGUAGCCUCAAAAAAACAAGGGUCUUUGAAGAAAGUAGCCCAGCAAUUCCUAUUAAUCUGGUCCUGCUUCGGUACAAGAGUCAUUCGGGAUAUGACGUUGCACAGCGCUCCCAGCUUUGGAUCAUUCCAUUUAAUUCACUUAAUGUUUGAUGACUAUGUGCUUUACCUGCUGGAAUCAUUACACUGCCAGGAGAGAGCCAAUGAACUCAUGAGGGCAAUGAAGGGAGAGGCACAUGGGGAGAUCAGAGAAGAAAUAAUAUUGGGUGAUCCUGCAAUUUCCACACCUUCACCAGUUCCUUUCUCACCGGCUGCUUCCUCUUCCUCAGUUGAAAUGCCAUCUGCAACCUCACCUGUCAGCAACCAGUCCCCAGAAGUUGGUGUAGUGGCAGCCACAACAGGUACCAUGCAGUCAUACACAUGGUCUCUAACUUACACUGUCACUACAGCUGCUAAUGGCCCCGGAGAAAACGGUCAGCAAGUCCCAUGUAUGAGGAGUCCACACAUGGCGCCAUCAGUCACACACAGGAUACCUGUAUAUCCACAUAGGGAAGAUGGGUACACAGGAAGCUAUAACUAUGGGACGUACAGUAACCAAGGACACCACCCAAUAGCAUCUCAGUAUACGUCAUUACCGCACGAGUCUGGGCUCUCUGGACCUCUACAUUACACUGCCUAUCACAGAAGCAGCUCUCAGUACCCAUUUAACAGCCAAACGCGAAUGGAGCCCUGCCUCAUGACUGGCGCAACAAGACUCCAUCCCAGCCAGGUGGCGCCCCGGUGGCCCGAUGUCACCUCAACCAACACCUGUUUCACAAGCCCUACCAUGCACUCUGCCAGAUAUGCAAACACAAGCGACAUGUACACCUCGCUGGCACCGCGGAGAAACUCUGAUUAUGAACACAUGCAGCAUUUUCCAGGCUUCGCCUACAUCAAUGGAGAGGCCAGCGCAGGAUGGGCAAAAUAAAUACAGUGCCACUGGACUUUGCCAGCACUGCAAUUUUUGAACUAUGAAAAAGAAGUUAAAGGUGGCAGAAAGACUGGGAGUUUUGUACAGAGAAAUGUGGCAAUGCCAUUGUAGCAAAAGAGAUUUUAUUGCUUAUGUAGAGCACUAUAUGGGCCAGGCUGUGCCUUUUUUAAUGUUAAUAAUUACUGUAUCUGGUACCGGUUUGGGACAGGACAUUCUAUUUCAUUUUAACAGUUGUCACAGACUGUAGUUUCUGCGGAGGAUCAUUGGGUUAAAUGGUUUGUAUUUAUUAUAAUGGAUUGAUAUGCAGAGUCCUAACAUUAUAUUUGCACACAACAGUUUGUCUUGCUUCCUUCCUAAUAGAGGAGGGCCCCUAAAGCAGUGCUGUGGGCCCAGGGUCAGACUGGGUUGUGAGUGGCCCAUCAGGGCCAUACAAAGAGGUCUAUGGAGACCUUUGGUAGGCUGGGGCCAUAAAAAUCUCUAGGACGACACUGUCUUAAAGAAAAACCUUAUAGGGCAUAUAGGUAGGCUUAUGUUCCACAUUUCUUCCAUCUGAUAGUUAAGUAUGAGGACAUAACUGUGUGUGUGAUGACAACUACUAAUGUCAGUGGCAGUUGCCAUAUUAUUAACCUAAGUUUAUAAUUUGUCCAUAGAAAACCACUGAACAGCACCCCUACUGAUGGUUUAGUACUAUGGAAAAUGCUUCAGCUCAGCAUGAAAUACACUAUUGUAAUACAGCCUUUUAAAAGACAAGGAAAGUAAAAAAUUCAGGUAGGUGGCAACGCAUUAGGUAACACCCAGUGACUAAAUAGCUUAGAUUUUACCCUGGACUGAGGUAGUUUGCUGGAGAGUGGGGCAGAGCUAUUUUACCUGCACUCUCGGAUGUCACUGGCUGCUAUAACAUGCAUGAACUCAACCCAAGCUACAAUUUAGCAUGAAAAAUUGCAAAAGUACCUUGGCCCAUUUAUGGUGCAGUGAUGUGCAGUGGCCUGGGUAAAAAGGUAGCGAUUUUGAUCACUGGGGGUGCCAAAAAUGUGGCACUUUUUAAUUUUAAACAGGGCCUCACAAUAAUAUAAUAGAUGUUCUGCCUUCCAGAUUGCUCAAUGCAAACACCAUGGCCAAUCCAAUCCAAUAGCCAAAUGAGGCUCAUUUAGGAACAGUGGCCAAAUUUGCUUUACGUGUUCGACCUGCAGCUGGCUGAAAAAAAGCUAAUCACUGAUUGGUUUGCUAUGUGUUACUGUCCAAAUGCGUUUGUGCCUUGUUGAUAAACGACCCCCUACUGUAUGGGGGAAAGCAAAAAACAGCAAUGCAUUCACAACACCAGUUGUACAGGUAAGGGACCUAUUAUAAAAAUGUCUUAAAAAGUUAAAUUAUUUGAUUUAAAUGGAGUUUAUGGGAGAUGGCCAUCCUGUAAUUCAGAACUUUCUGGGUAAUGGGUUUCCGAAUAACUGAUCCCAUACCUGUACCAACAGUCUGUCUGACAGGGGACAGAUGGAUUUUGAAAGGGUCAUUUUAUUUACCUGCGUGUGGGAAAGUGUCCACUGAUUUUAUUAUGCACUCAGGGUGCAUAGUAAUCGAAGUGGGCUUCAAUACUGAACGCCAAGGCCAAGGAAGCUGAACUAACACAGGUUGCCUAUAGUUGAUAUUCAUGCCUGAAUGAAGUAUUGUUUGUUUAAAAUUUGACUACAAGGAAAAUUAAAAAUGUGAAAAAAAAUGAAUGCAAAUGCUAACCAUUCUGGGGGAGCGACAAAUGCAUGCUGCCAUCCGCAUACAAUAUACUUGUGCUCAGAAAACUACACUUGUGUGUUUGUGGAUAACAAUGUGCUGUAGUUGUGGUAAAAAAAAUUUGCAAGGCCAGAGAUAGAUGUGUGGGAAAGAAAAGGGCCAGAGAGAAAACACUUAAUAUUUCUAACAACAUAGUGGGCCUCAUUAUUAUCAAGGUGCAAAGUAUAAGGCACAACAGUGGGCACAAAAAUGUACUCAUGGCAUAGUAAAAGCAUUCCACUAAUGCCACUAUAGCAUUUAACAUCAAGAUUGUAGUACCAAAUGGACUUUUUCAGCACUGGUUAAUUGUGACCAUGGCAGAAGGCACACUGAGAAUGGUGACUACCAUUUGAAACAUUUUUGCACAUAGCUUUGCCCGCUUUUAGUAAAUGAGGCCCAAUGUGUGCCCCCCCCCCAUAGGGAAUCCCAUGCCAAAUGCCCUCUCUGACUUGCCCAAAAACUGGCCCUGCAAAUUUUGCAUUUGACCCUUAUGUGUAGCCCUGUGAAUUUUUAGUACAACCCAUUAACAUGAAUGUACUCUGUGUAUUGUGCGACACACUGAGGAAAUAAAAGCUGACUUAUUACCCUAUGGGUAAGAUAUUAAUAAAGUAUUUCUCUUUGUAAAUAUUCCCUUUCCUAGUAUCCAUUAUGAUAAACUUGUAAAAUGGAAGAUUCAUAUUAUUUGUACAGUUGUGAAUUGCGUCAAUAAAAAAAAUCAGCUGAAA